AUGUUCAGUGGACUGUGUGGUAUUGAUAAAGAAGAUCGCUAUCAGCGUGCGUCAUCGGAUGAGUGGCGCAAUGCGGGCCGCGGAGCCCUUGUGAGGUCCACCCUCGCAAUGGGCUCCAAUAUCAGCCAGCACUCUGCCAAGGGUCUGAAGGGACGCCGCGCACGAUCCAGCGGUGAUCUAUGUAAUGGCGAGACGAAAAGUCAAACAGAAUCCUCAGUAUGCGGCUCGGUUGUCGGCGAUGUUAUGGCCUGGAAUAGGUCCUUGCCAAACCAUCUGGAUGGAAACAGACACCUAGCCGACUAUAGUCGCGUGAAUAAUAACUAUGGGGAGUUCGCGACGUAUAGGUGCCAUCCGAAGGGCGGGCGAGGACUUCGAUACAGGAUUUCUAAGUCUGGAUCCGAUGCAGAACCGGUCUGGAAGCUCCAGGACCCAGGCUUCGAUCAAGGUUAUGGAUCUGAGCGUUCGCCUGAAGAUGACUAUGUUCCUCCAAUACCACCAGCCAUUUCACUAGAAGAGUAUGAAGCGGAAUUGCGUGCCAUAUAUCCAUUUAUUACUGAUGAUAACUCGUUUACAGUAGUAGUGGAGAAAGACGGCCGGGGGCUUGGGAUGUCUGUGUGCGGCGGUGGUGGGUUGGUAAGAAUCAGAAGGCUGUACCCACCGCAGCCUGCUUGGAGGACCGGCCAGCUUGCACCAAAGGACCUGCUACUAUCUGCAAACGGUGUACCACUGGCUGGACUAAGCACCUAUGAAGCCUUGGAGGUACUUCGAACAGCUGAAGCUCGGGUGGAGCUGCGCGUUUGCCGACCUCCCAAUGAUGUUUUAGAAAGUAUUACACCGCCGGACCCACCUACACCUCCGGCGAGGACUCCCCAUCCACCACACUUGCCGCUGGAUCCACUUAAUUGCCAUCCUUUACAUGCCAGGUUAUCACAAACAACAAGUAGCGCGACCACAUCGUCAUCUGAAGGGCGUGGGCGACGGGAUGCGAGCCCUGAAGAUAGACGCCACGACCUACAGUUACCUGAUCUGGAUCGGCCUUUGCCAAUAUAUGAUAUUCAAUAUGGGGAGUUUGACAUAGUAAUGACAAAGGUGAAUGGUUCUUUGGGAUUUACCCUUCGUAAAGAAGAUCACAGCGCUUUGGGUCAUUACGUACGAGCCCUGGUGCGAGAACCAGCGUUGAGUGAUGGACGAAUACAACCUGGUGAUAGAAUCGUUGCGGUCAACGAUACAUCGAUGUCAAACAUGUCACACGCAGACGCCGUGGCCUUCCUCAGGGCGUGUGGCUCAGAAGUCCGACUUCGCUUGUACCGGGAUCACGCUGCCACACCCCUCUCUCCCAUGUCACCCAAAGAGGAGGUCCCCACUGAUUCUGAUCCACCUCUGAAUAAGCCUAAACCCCCGUUACGAGCGGAAGCAGUGUCGAUGCUAUGUGACCUCGCCGCCCGUCGCCUCACACCAGACGCCGCAGACGGGUCUCGCUCGCCCUGUCUCUCACCACGAAAGUUCCGCAAACUUACUAAAGACAACAAUCACUAUGAACAGCCCAAUGAUUUGCCAAGAAGAAGUGUUGAAGAACCAAAUUUAAUUGUAACAAAAAUAACAAAUUCUACUGUGUAUCUGGAAGAAGUUGACUCGGUAGAAAAUAUAACAUGUACGUGCCUACCUCCACUUCCUAUCGAAUCUGAAGUGACACUUGAAGAUAUUGAACAUCUUUUUCACGAGAAGAAAAAGAAGAAAGAAGAAAAAGUGGAUCAGGAUUCAAGUGCCCCGUUAAGACCGCCAAGAAAAAAAACCACUAAGAAGUCCCAUGAAUUAUUAGGCAAACAAAGUUCAUUACAAAUGGAUGAAAAACAGCCAGCUGAAAAAAGACACAUAAGUUGUGAAGUCCGGGAUGACUUAUUUAUAUUGAAAUCAAAUUUAAAUGAGCUAGAACAAUUCUUAACGCAAUCAAUUAUUAAUUAUUCAAACUCACUCGGCCAGUUAUCCAGUGAAACCAAAUCACCCAGUAAUGUGAAAGGAGAGGAAAAUAAUAAAAUAUCACCAUUAGACCCAAAUGUAAUCGAAAACUAUUAUGAAAAUGUUGUUGGUCCUCUUAAUAUAAAAUUUGAACAGGUACGCGAAGUAGAAAAGGAUCCUUCAAUUGAUGAAACUUUAAAAAGUAUACGUGGAGAAACAAAGAAUGAUGAAACUCCCUUACAAACGUUUCCUUGUACAUGUUCUUUCACUGUAGAAGAGUUGAGAAAAUUUCAUAAAGAUGGACUUUUACCUUCAACAAUCAAAGAUGUUAAACAAGACGGUCCAAUGUUUUUAGAUGGGCCUGAACAAUCGACUACUAAUUUACCAAUAAGCGGCCAACUUUUAACGAAAAAUAAACACUUACCCAUUCAAAGAUCAAAAACGCAGAGAUUUACAAGAUCGCACUCUAUUCGAAAGCGUCUUCUUUCUAAACGAUUUAAAUCUAAGACUAUCAACGGACCAAUAUAUUUGGACAAGAAGGCCGAAGCAACUCUCCUUGAUCAAAGUAUCGGCCAAUCGGUAGACGAUUAUAAAACUGAAACAUCCGAAGAGGUUCAACAAACAGUAGUGGACACAUUUAUAGAUUGUAGACCAGAAAGACCAAACUUUUUAGUCAUAGGUGCAACAGAAGAAGCAAAAACGGAAAUUCAAUUAGAUGAAGUGGCUAAUGGAACAAAACUUAAAAAGCCCGUGCUCACAAGCCCCACGACUCCGCCCUCAUGUAGAGACCAAAAGCUAAGCCUGACAGUUAUACCUCAGAACUAUGAGUUAAACAACUUGGAUAACGAUACUCUAGAUGCGCCAAACGCAUAUCAGGAGCAACAAAGAUACGAGCCGGCGUUUUCAGUUGAUUCUGAUGAACCGGCAUCGAUGCCAGCCGAGCUAUCAAGCGAUGAGAGAUUCAAGCACUCGAAUCCGACGUACCAAAGUGCGGUUUUACAUAGCUCUACUACCGACAGUGCGUCAGAUAAAGACGAGGGAAAUGGUUUGAAAAAGUGGAAAGGUGUCGCAUUAUCGCCCGAUAACGAGAGAAAGAUUAAACCUCUUGUCACAGAUGCUAUACCAAAGCCCAAAAUUGACACCGUCCAGAAAGAAAACAUAAACCCUGAACCACCAGUCGAGGCUGAGAGCACUGAACCUACGAUAGUGACUGUAGAACUGAACCGCGGGUGGAACAGUCGUCUGGGGUUCAGCGUUCAAAGCCAUCCUGAGUCGGGGCAGAGUUACAUCUCCGCGGUCUAUAGCGACAGCGUCGCCGCGCGGGACGGUCGGCUAAGACGUGGUGACGUCAUACUUCAGGUAAACGAUGAAAACGUAACAUCUAUGAAGACACCAGAAGUUAUAGACUUACUCAGAAUUUUACGAGGCUCCAUAUGUAUCACAGUUCUGAGACCGAAUACACAAUAA